UUUCCUCUUUUUAUUCUAGCGCAAUGGUAAAAUUGAAUUGCUAGACUCUAGAAACAAGAGCAAAAGCAAAAAAAAAGGACACUUUUUGAUGAGAAACGGUAUACAAACAUAUAUAUAAACUUUUCUGAAAUGACAAUGAUAUGAGAAUAAAGGACACACAAUUCAAAGCCAAAGCAACCCAUCACAAGAGCAACAAAAGAAAAAAGGAUUUAAUUUUUAUAGAAAAAAAAAAUACGAGAGGUUUUAUUUUUUUUUUGUAGAUAGAGAUAGAUAUUUUGUUGAAAGUCUUGAGCAUGAAAUCUUUUCAAAAUAUUUUACAUCCAAAACGGAACUGUAUUCUACUUCAAUUUUAAAUGAGAAGAAAAAAAAAUAUUCCAAAACCGAAGGACAUCAGACAGCAGCAGUAGCAGCAAAACAAUACAAAACAGUCAAACAAGGAUCAAAAAGUAGCUGGGUACUCUCUAGAGUAGGUAGAAGGUAGUUAGAGUAGUGCGCAGAAAAGAUAAAUAUACAUCGAAAAACGAGAAGAGACACACAACGAGGUUGAAUAUUGUGCACACCCAAGGACCAACAGAAGAUGACUGCAGAGGAAGCACGUAAAAGUGGCGUCUAUCUGUCGGCAGAAUUGUAUUUGUAUCCAAAAGCCACUCAUCCAAUUGCAUCAGAAUCAGCAACUUCUUCCUCACCGAAUAGUCACCUCUGUGUCGUAUUGGAACACAAUAACAACAACAACAACAAUUCCUGCCCUCUGUCGAAUGCAAAUAGUUUCAAACAAUACACGAAUUUCUUCUGUACGAAUUUGAAAGGACUUGGACCAACUAUUGCUACAAAUACCAACACUGGUCGAUGUUAACUUCUAUUUUCAAAUUCCAACCCCACAGCUUGCAAAAUUGAAAACCAAAUCAUUUACAUUUAUGUACUUAUUACCUACACAAGUUGCAUUUGUAUGUGUGUAUAGGUAAAUGGUUAACAGGAGUAAGUGGUGAAAGAUAGAUAUAUCCAAGAGGAUACCACAUCUAAAACCAAUAUUAAUGGUGCCUAAACUAAAUGUGGCCGACAUAUUUGCCAGUAUCCGAUCCGAUCCGAUAAAUGUGUUGAGAUAGAAAAGGAUGUCCUUAUAUAGUAUGUCAUUAGUACAAUAAGGACGACAACACACACAUAUCUUUUCAGUUCAAAUUCACAAUUUCACGAUUUUCACCAGAUACGCGCCUUUGAAAGCGGAAAAUCUUUUCCGCAAACACCGUUAAGCUUGUUAACAAACUCACUAGCGCUCUGCUGAUUCUCAAUGCGUUCUACAUUAUAUGGUAUAUACGAGUACAGAGUACCUCUAUAUCUAUAGAUAUCCUUCUAGGAUCGUAAGUAGGAGUAUUUGAUGCGAAUAUAGUCGCAUUAUUUCCGUAAAGCUGGUUACACAUGGGAAUUCGAUAAAACUACUUGAAAAACUACCCCGCCCUACCCCAUUUUGCUGCUGCCGCCGCUACUGCAGCCGACAACGACCACGUUUUCGAAGUUUUAAAGCCCUCUGCUGUGCUAUAACGUUGUUCGACAUUAUCGUGUUCUCGUCCUCGUCCUCGGUACAGUGCCGUAGAGCUUCGUCCUUGUUUCAAAAAAAAAAAAAUAAAAAAUACGUUUCUCGUUUAAAGUGUGUGUGCAUUUGGCGCGAGACUACACAUCACACCAGUGAGUGUGUUCCCUUUUACGGCUUUGGGGGGGAAACUAAAAAUCGAAGGAACUAUAACCAUUUCUAUAUAAUGUGUACAAGUUUACUCGUAUGUUUUUAAUGUUUUUUGUAUUUUUUGUUUUCUGUCAUACAUUCUGUGGUGUAAACACUUAACGCACAAAAAACUCUAUAUACAUAUAAACAUAAAACAACAAAAAAAAAAAAAAUAAAAUCCUGUUAAGUUUUAUUGAAAGUUUUUAGCGCGAUAUAGGGGAUACCUAUAAUCCUAUAUGGAAUAAAAAAAAACCCUCUGGUGUGCAAUUAAUUUAAUAUUCACCUUGUAAAUCUAAAAAACCUUAUAAUUAAAAAAGUACUAGAAGUGCUUUAACUUAAUAAUAGUUUAAAGAAAAUCAAAAUUAUAAAAAAAAAAACAAAACAAAAAUAAAAAUAAAUAAAUAAAAAACAAAAUGGCGUUCGCAGCUGCUCGUAUGAUAUUGAAAGAUAAACGACGGAAAUCGAAGGAGGAAUUCUCAACACCGCAGAGAACGCGCAGCAAGGCAAGAAGUGUCAGCACAAGUAGCUUUAGGAGUCUCAGUCAGGCACGAAAUAAACCAGCCGAUGGAUCUAGUCACAAUGCCAAAUCCGGGCAGCGCGAUAAGACACCCGGACCAGGUCAGAAGGGAGGUGCACCAGCUAAAGCCACAGCCCAUUCAGCUAAACAGCCAGCACCGGCUAAACAAUCAUCUUGCUCUAGCAGUAAGGGAUCUUUGACACCCAAACAUUCAUUGAGUGUAGGUGCCCCAAAAACUGGAGCAGCCUUGGCAAAAUCACAGAAGAAAGGCAAAAAGAAGCAUCAAACUUAUGAUUUGGUGGUUAAAAUUGAUUUGACGGAACAUGGACUCUCUGAAGAUCAAGUUGCAGAAUUCAAAGAAGCUUUCAUGCUAUUCGACAAAGAUGAAGACGGUACUAUAUCGAUGUCUGAAUUGGGUGUUGUUAUGCGUUCUUUAGGUCAACGUCCAAGUGAAACCGAACUUCGAAAUAUGGUUGAUGCUUUUGACCAAAACGGUAAUGGAACCAUAGAAUUCAAUGAGUUUCUGCAAAUGAUGUCUAAGAAAAUGAAGAUUCCUGACGGCGAAGACGAACUCAAAGAAGCCUUUAAAGUAUUUGAUAAAAAUAAUGAUGGACUGAUAUCAGCGUCUGAAUUACGUCACGUAAUGACGAAUUUAGGCGAAAAGCUUUCUGAAGCUGAAGUAGAUGAUAUGAUGAAGGAAGCCGAUAUGGAUGGUGAUGGCAUGGUCAACUACACCGAAUUCGUGAUGAUCCUGACUAAACGAAACUAGUGCAAACUUUGUAAUCGUCGAGGUAGAAAGAAAUCAUAAAUGAAAUUGCUUGAGAGAUAAUAUUUUUGUAUUCGUCCUUUGAUUUGUGUUUUAUUUGUAUUUUACUUUGCAAAUAUUUAUACAAAACGAAAAAAAAAUUAUAAAUCUUAAAAAUCAUUUAAAACACAAUCAUAUGACGAAAUCAAAUAUCCAAAAUCAACAACAAAACGAAGUCGGAAAAUAAUAAUAUUUUAUUAAAAAACGAAUGAGUAUUUUCACAUUUAUGAAAUCAAAAUAAAAAUUGCUAACGAAAACACAGGACCAGUUAAAUUAUAUUGUAUUCAUUAUAUAAUAUAAGAAAACGCAAAAUUGUUUCGUACAAAACCUCGAUGAUUAUUUAUAAGUAGGUGCUUAUAAAACCCGAUCCUUAAAAAAAAAAAACAAAACAACAAACAAAGACAGAUGGACCACAAUCAUAAGUCCAUCCAAAAAAGAAUAAUAAAAUAAAUCAAAUAGAAAACUUUAUUAAAAUAGUUUAAUAACUUUCCAGGAAAUUUCCAAAACUUACUUACAAAAAAAAAAAAAAACAAAACAAACAUUUACUCUAUACAAAGUACUGCAUGUAUGUUUUGUACAUAAAGUAAAAAGAUGCGAGCCAGAACUAAAUAAAAAAGAAAAAUGAAAAACAAAGUCAAGAAGACAUACAAAAAAAAAGAAAUCUAGACCGGAAAUGAAAUCAUACAAGUUAGUUAAGAAAUAUUGUGUAUUUAAAGAAAAAUAUAAAAUUUAUAAGCCAUUGCUUACUUAGCGCCUAAACAAAAAAAAAAAAAAUAGCACUCAGAUAUUCUACCCAAAACUCAAAAACAUUUCAAAUCAAAAACAAAUUAAAGGCAAUAAAAUUGAAUUAACUUACAUAACAUUCUUACAUAAUAGAAAACAUACAAACAUAUUAGGAAAAUAGUAUAAAAAAUAAUAGAUAUUAAUCAUUCUGCUUAAAAUACAAACAUUUACAAAUACAUAAUAGACAAUUUAUCAACUGCGCGUAAAAAAAGGAAUCAUCAAACAUAUUGGUUUGACAUAUACUACCAUCACUAACAUCUUAAAUAAAGUUGAAGAAAAAACGGCUAAGUAAAAAUUAAAAUUAUCAGUGUAGAAUAAAAAUUGAUGUAUAUUAUUAUACUCGUAAUUUAUGUACUCAAGUAAAUUAAAGUAAAAUUUUUAUUGAAAGAUCCAAAUUUUUAGACAACGUUUAUAUAACAAAUUGAUGGAAGCUUAAGUUAAAUAUAAAAACAAAAAUGAAUCUAUAUAAAUUAUGCACGUUGUUAUGUAUUUUAAUUGUUAUAACAAAAACAUACAUAAUAAAAGAAUGAAUGUGUUAAUGUAAGAAUAAUAUGAAAAAAAAACUUAGUAAAAUUACAUUUAAUUAUUAUAACAAUCUUUAUUGUGAAUUUCGGAGAGGUUUGACGUAUCUGUGUGCAUAAUUGUAUUUCACUCACGUUUUUAGCACACAUUCAACUGCAGUUCUAAUUAGCUUUCAGUCUAAGACUGCCAGGUAAUUACGGGGUACAAUUACGAUCAUAUUUCAUAUGUUAAGGUUUUGAUUUUGACUAUUGAUGUUUCAAUUUAAUCAGUAGAAAAUUACAGAGACACAUAGCGUCAAUACGUUAACGUAUGAUCUUAAUCGUAUGCCGUUAUUCCUCCACCCAGGUUUUUUUUAAUUAAAAAAUGUUUAUAUAGUUAUUUAGGGUCUGAGCUGCUAUUGGUUUAAAAUAAUGUCCUUUUUUGCAAUGUAUUCAAAAAAAUUAACUUAAAUUACACGUACUUACCUAUAAUUCAAACUCCAAAUUAAUCCCCUUAUGAGAAACAUUUUUGAUCCUAUAUUUUGGGCAAAAAAUUGGUUAAAGGGGGUCUGAACUCGAAUCCGAACUCAGCAAUAUUUUACUAGCCUCCGUUUUUAAAACAUUUCUAUUUAAAAAAGUUUUUUCGUAAUAACGGUAGUAUUUCAAAAACGGAGGCUAAUAGAAUAUUUCUGAAAAUUAUAUUUGUUUGUCCUUUUGGCAAAAAUAAGUUAAGUUUUGUUGACCAGUGUAAUAUCUCAAAUAAUGAUUUGACUUCCAUAAAA